CCCCAUUCUUCUGCAGCCCCCCGAGUUGGGAUUAGUGAGCUUCUCGGCAGGCGGCCCGGCUGGCGGGGGGCAGCCCUUCCCGAGACCCGGAGGGCUGGCUGAGGUUCUUUGCCGUUGCUUCAUGAGAGGAUGUUGGAUGUACUGACGGAUCAACCCAGUUGUUUGCCAAAGACGAUCUAACUAUGAGGCGAGAUGGAGAACCAGAAGCACAGACUGUCUAACCUUGUACAAGGCAUCUCACUAGCCCAGCUGGAAGCAGAAACCAGAAGCCCCACAGCUGUGAGACAUCACUGUGUUGUGUAGCCUGCGAGGAGGGGUGACCAAUAGCAGUCGCGAUGAGAGCAACAGCCGCAGGGCGAUUAUUCAUAUGGUGAUAAAGAUGAUCAACAAGUCUCGAUGGAAGAUCCUUGGAGUAUUGGCAAUAUUUUUGGUGAUGGUGGGGUAUAUAAUAUCCCGAGAGGAAAGUUUCUAUUUCCCUUUGCAAGAUGACAAGAUGACUUGUCCACUAGGGGAGGUGGAAAGGAAAGCAGCGCAGCUCAUAGCAAAUUACACACGGGAUCAUCCACUGUUUUUACAGCUAAAGGAUUACUUCUGGGUAAAGACCCCUUCGCUCUAUGAACUGCCAUACGGUACUAAAGGAAGUGAGGAAAUUCUCCUGCGGGUUCUGGCAAUCACAAGUUACUCACUCCCUGAAAGCGUUCAAAGUUUGAAGUGCCGGAGAUGUGCAGUGGUGGGGAACGGACACCGGCUCAGAAACAGUUCCAUGGGAGACACGAUUAACAAAUACGAUGUUGUUAUCAGCUAUGCUUUGUAUCCCGACAUUGUCCCAUUGCACAGUUCUGCUUCCUGGUCCCCACCAGAGGCCAAGUACAGCAGGAUUCGGAAGGGCUUCUGGAAGCAGCCCCCACUCAUCUGGGAUGCAAAUCCUGAGCAAAUACGAAUUCUCAACCCUUACUUCAUGGAAAUAACUGCUGCUAAGUUACUUAAACUUCCAAUGAAACACCUGCGGAAGAUUAAACAGAAACCAACCACAGGAUUAGUGGCCAUCACCUUAGCAUUGCACUUCUGUGACUUGGUACAUAUCGCUGGCUUUGGAUACCCAGAUUCCUCCAACAAGAAGCAGACCAUACACUACUAUGAGCAAAUCACGUUGAAGUCGAUGGCUAGUUCGGAGCACAACGUCUCCCACGAAGCACUAGCAAUAAAGAAGAUGCUUGAAAUGGGACUCAUCAAGAACCUCACUUACUUCUGAUGGGACGUGGACUGCAACUUCUGAGUUGACUGCUAGGCCAACAGGAGGUCCGCUGACAUCCUUCCACCCACAGCUUUCCUUC